GCAUCUCGAUUUAUAUUUAGAAGAUAGGAGGGACUAGAGUCAAGAACAGCCCACAACGGUUCAAAGUAAAGUAUGAAUGUCAGUGUUGCUGGACUGUGAGAUGUCACGUUGUCCUCUCUGAAUAUGAGGUCCGAAUCAACACUGGGUCAUCAGAGAUGCUGAGCCAAAAAAUCAAGGACUUGCAAGCUCCUGAUUUAAAAACGAAAUUAAUACUUUGUUUAAUUUCCUAUCCUUUUUGUUUGUCAAUCCCAAACAUUUAAUUUAGGACUAUUUCUGCUGAAUAAACCUGCCAACAUAUUCCAGUUCACCUGUUUCAACCGUCUCAAUGGCAUUUUUAAUGAAAAAGAAGAGGUUCAAGUUUCAAAUCCAUUUUACAUUGGACGAGCUCACGGCCGUACCGUUUGUCAAUGGGGUACUUUUUUGCAAGAUCCGAUUGUUGGACGGUGGGGACUUUGCCGUCUCAUCAUCCAGAGAGGAGGACCAAUGCGCAGCGUGGGAGGAGGUCCAACAGAACUGUGUUCGUUGGAAGAAGAAGUUCUCCUUCAUCUGUAAGAUGAGUGCCAGUCCCACCACUGGAGUCCUGGACCCCUGCAUCUGCAGGGUCUCUGUACGCAAGGAGCUCAAAGGAGGAAAGACGUUUUCAAAGCUGGGCUUUGCUGACCUCAACAUGGCGGAGUUUGCUGGCUCAGGCUCCACUGUGCGCUGCUGUAUCCUCGAGGGCUACGACACUAAGAACACUCGUCAGGACAACUCCAUUCUCAAGGUUACUAUUGGAAUUACACUUUUGUCGGGGGAUCCUUGCUUCAAAACGCCCCCCAGCACAGCCAAGUCCAUCUCGAUCCCGGGCCAGGACCCCUCCCUGCAGCUGGACUGUAAAGGCGAGGGCACCGAUGCCAACUCAAACCCUCCCCCAGGGGGCAUCAUCAGGACAUCAUCAGGACGGCCCCUCAAACCCAGACUCCCCUCAGCUCCCCUCAACUCUGGUCUACCCGAGCAGUUGGAGCAGAGCCUGCCCAGCCCAGAUGAGGUCUUCCACAUAGGACACUCCCGGAACUCCAGCUAUGCCAGCCAGCAGAGCAAGAUAUCAGGGUACAGUACGGAGCACUCUCGCUCCUCCAGCCUAACAGACCUCACACACCGUCGUAACACUUCCACAAGCAGUAGCACUUCUGGGGGCCUGGCCACCCCCACCCAGACCCCCCACGCACAUGCACACACCCUCGCCAACCCCCACCCCCUUGCAGCAGACCCCCAGACAACCGGAGAGCCUGGCACCAAGUGUGAGAGACCCCGCGGCCACCGAGGCCCAUCCUGCUCUCCAAUAGACCCUCCAGGAGGAAGAAGGACACGGUUGAGAGUCAACCCACCUGGGUGGAUGAUACGCGCAUCGACGCCGACGACAUCGUGGACAAGAUUAUCCAGAGCCAGAACUUUGCCGAUGUCAGCAGCCAUGAAGAAGACAGCAACCUCAGAUUGUUUGUCAGCAAAGAUGGGACUACAGCCCUAAGUGGGUUACAACUGGGGAACAAGGUGACUGCUGGCGUCUUUGAGCCAGUGGUGAUCGAGAGCCACUAGCGAUGAGUGUGUGUGUGUUCACACAAAUGCACAUACCCCUGUCUUUUGAGUUACACCACUUCAACAAACACCACUAAACUACAUAUGUAACCCUUUAAUGAGAUAUUUACGGUGAUGGUGGUGGGAGGUGUAAUUUAUGAAUAAUCCAAUCAUGUAGAAAAGUUUUUAUAUUCAUGCUUUCAUCUGGGGGACCAUAGGUGUAAAGUGUGCAAACUACUUGAUAGAGAGAAAUGGGAAACCAUUGCACCGUGGGAGUUGUAGUGAAACACUGAAAAUCAGGAAAAAGCUUGCCACACAGGUUGCGUUGGAGGCAAAUGUGGCUGCCUCAAAAAGUUGGAAUGUUAUGAUUUACCCUGUUUGUAUCAUUUUUGAACAAUGUUUGUGUAUGAUAAUGGUUGGGGAUACAUUUAGUUAUUCAAAUAACAACUAUAAAUUCAAAUGAGGGGAGAUUACUUUAUCAAAGAAAGACUUGGUUACAAACUACUAAAUAGAGAAAUUGAACAGGGAUUUGAACUAGGCUUGAAUGGGUGGUUUUCAACGUGAAAUGUUCUAUAUUUGAUAACCCCUUGCAAUCCCCCGAUUUCAGAAACCGUACCAGACCUGGGGUCAAAAUUACGGUAUAGCCCAAAGAACCCAUGUUAUAGAAUAAAAUUAUAUAUACAUUAUAGAAUAUAUUAUAAAUUACAGAAUGUUUUAGAAUAUAGGCUUAUAUAUAAUAUGAUCAUAGAUCAUGUUGAAAUACGGACCUCAGAAAGAGAAACGCGUGCACAUAUGGCUGGCCAUAUGCAACUGUACAUACGGCAUGGUCAAUGAUUCAUCCAUUACUCUAGUCUAGGUAAAUGCAGGCCGGAUUGGUAAUCAAUUACUGUGGUAUAGGUAAAUGCAGGAAGGAUUGGUACUCGAGUACUGGAGUCUAGGUGAAUGCAGGCAGGAUUGGUAAUCGAUUACUGUAGUCUAAGACCUUGAUCCUCUCCUCCCCUGGGUCUUGUGACAUGGGACACUAUCCUCAAGCUCACCAGCUGGCUUGGUGAAUAUACCGUAAGUGGAAAAGUUGGAAAAUCAGAGGGGGACAUUUCUGUGUGUGUCUGUAUGUCUGUCUGUCUGUCAGUCAGUCAAGUCAGUCAGUCGUUUUGUCCCUUGACUGUCGCUCAUUUGUCCUGUAUGUCAGACCCAAUUAUUUUGUGUCACCAUGCCCAUGACAUCCCUCCAUGUUGUCAAGGACUGGAGUUGUCAAUGAAUUAAGUUACUAGGUUUCUGGGAGAAAAAAAUCAAUCUUCUUGAUCUGCAAGAAAGCCCUUUUGUAUUUGUGUUCUCAACAAAUCAAUGCUUACAGUGAGACUCAAAAGGAAACUCGACUGCAUAUUAUUUCAAAUAUGCUUUCUCAAUGCAAGCCAGGUCACUGAUUUUGAUUGAGUGGGGGCCCUUAAAUGGUUUGGUUACUGAAGUGGGUUACUAAAGAUGGCUGGCUAACUUAGUAAUCCUUCUUUGUGAAAUACCUUCUAUGUGGGCUUGGCUAGAACUGUCCAACUGUUGCCCUUCCACUAAGCCUCAAUAUCACCAGUCGUUAUCAAGCGUAAUGAACUGACAAUUGAAUAAGGGCUCUAAUGAUAAAACUGACAGUGGUAUCUGGUCAUCUUCAUUUAAUUGAACAAGCUAUUCUAUUUGCAGGGGAGAAAUGUAAUUUUAUUUCUGUCGCCCCCGGAUUUUGAUCCCGUUAGAUGAACAUUGCAUUGUGGGUAUGGUGUAGUCAGAGCCAAUCAGAGCUAACAAUGGAGGAUUUUGAGUAGAAACUCCCCUCUCAUCCCCAAAUGACAAUGGCCUCUUGUAUGUGUGUUUGUGCCUGCGCAUAUCUUUUUUAGGGAGGGAGUGGAAAAGAGGAAAUGUCCAUGUGUGUGUGUGUGUGUGUGUGUGUGUGUACUUCUGUGCAUUGUCUGUGUGUGUGUCUGUGCGUGUGUGUCUGUGCGUGUGUCUGUGUGUGUGUCUGUAUGUGUGUCUGUGC